AUGGCACACCGAAAGACAGAAAACGAUUUUCAGAAGAGUGUUUGGGCAUUCAAACCAGCAUCUGAACCAAAAACAUCUUAUCCACCGAUGGACAGUAACUGCGAGCAUGCUACUACAUUGAAAAGCGAUCCCAUGAAACCUGUCUCAUUGUGGUCGUCUUUUAGAAAUGGUCUUGUUAUUGGUACAUUAUUCGGAGGAAUAAUAUUAGCUGCUGUUCUAACUUACUGGUUGUUAUCGCCAUCAACAACAAUCGAAAACCAAUCAACAAGCACAUCAACAACAACAACGAGUACAACAACGACGACUACAGCAACAUUCUUUUCAUGUGGUUAUUCGUGCGUAGGCCAAACACGGGCUUCGACAAUCAAUCAACUCGCUCAAUGGUCAUUUGAUGGAACCGUUCGUGAUAAUACAAACAAUUACUUGACUUCUACAAGCGUAACUCCAACAUUUAUUACUGGAUACAAUAAUCAAGCGCUUUUUCUCAAUUCUACAUUGAACCCAUCGCUUUCGACAUCAUAUAUUCCUUUGGGAAAUACUAGUUUUACCAUUGAUGCCUGGCUGUAUCCUACGACUUUUUCGAAUUCAUCCGACCAAGUUCUAGUUUCCAUGUGUCCUGUGAUUAACAACAGCAGUUGCUUGUACUUGGCUAUUCGCAGAAAUAAUUCGAACCACUAUUUGAGUUUUGGCUUCUACAACGAUGACUUAUGGGGAGCAACUAUCUUAUCACUUAAUCAAUGGAUUCAUGCUGCAUUCGUAUUCGACAUCAGUGCGUUUCAACAAUCGAUCUAUCUCAAUGGAUUUCUCGAUAGUUCGCGCAAUACAUCCAAUCCAUUACUAGCGUUUUCAGGAAAUUUUUGCAUUGGCUACAAUUCAAUCAUGUUUCUGGGCAACACAUCGUUUGAGGGUUAUAUAGAUCAACUGUCAGUAAGUUCUCGAGCCAAGUCUUCUUGUGAAAUACUCGAAGAGGCUUCACUCGAGGCAUGGUUUACAUUCGAAAAUGUAAGAUUGCCACUUCUCGACAUUGGACCCUAUUCAUUAUCAGUUACUGCCUCCGCAUACACCAUAAUAUCCGGUCGUUGGUCUUCUCCAGCAAUUUCGUUCACUGGCUCGAAUACUUCAUAUUUUCAAGCAAUCGGCUUUACUGCUCUUCGCAUUUCCAAUCACGAAUUCUCCAUUAGUUUUUGGAUGUAUCCUGAAUCAUUAUCAGGCACACUUGUUCAUGUUUCAAGUUCAUUGAAUGGUACUGGCUGGUGUAUGCCAUUCAUAGGUCUCACAGGUAAUGGGUCAUUGGUAGCACAGAUAUAUAAUGGUGUCACUCUAUCAUUAUUGGGACCGAAUGUUUCUUUGAGCACUUGGUAUCAGAUUGUACAAACAUGGAGUCCAGCAAAUGGCUUACAACUCUAUGUGAAUAGUUGGAUGACAUAUUCUUUGAGUUCAGCAGCUUCUUUUCUGGCAAGUGGUUCUCCGCCAAUGUAUGUAACGUUGGCUAAUAGUCUUUUCGGUUCAGGAAACUGUCAUGGAGGAAUGCUCAACUCGACCAUGCCAUUUAUUGGUGCCAUUGAUGACUUUAGAGUCUAUAGUCGAGAACUGACAUAUGACGAUGUGUGCACGAUCUACAAUACAUAA